AUGGAGCUGUGCAGUCCCAGCAUGACUGAAAGCGGAGGCUCUCUGUGCCAGGUGAAGCAGUUUCCCUGCCAAAGCGUCCCCAUUUGUCGCCUGCAGACCAACGGGCACCACGGGCACAACAUCGCCCACCUCGCUCAGCAGCCGUGGGUCAUCCAUCCAGCCCCAGCGGUCGCCUCCGGCCCCUCUGUGGCUGUGAGAAACAGAGUAAACACCGCCACCGCUGCUACCUGCAGCAGCCCCGACUGUGUGGCCUCCAGACUGGGAGAAGAAAAGCACCGAGGUGUCCCAAAGGGGAAAGUGGUGGUGACGGGAGGAGGGGGAUACUUUGGUUUCAGGCUUGGGAGACAACUGGCAAAUGAAGGGUUUUCAGUGAUCCUUCUGGACUUGAGUAAGCCUCCCUGUGAUAUUCCCAAUGGAGCGACGUUCUAUCAGAGUGACAUUCGAGAUUAUUCUUCCCUGUAUAAAGUGUGUGAAGGGGUUGACUGCAUGUUCCACACGGCGUCUUAUGGCAUGUCUGGCCCAGAGCAGUUGAGGAAAGAGCAGGUGGAGUCCGUCAACAUUGGUGGAACCAAUAACGUCAUAAAUGUGUGUAAGGAGAGGAGCAUCCCCAGACUGGUGUACACCAGCACCAUCAACGUGGUGUUUGCAGGGAAACCGAUUGUGGAUGGUGAUGAGGCUUCGGUGCCAUAUGUGCCUCUUGAUGCUCAUAUUGACCACUACUCCAGAACUAAAGCGAUUGCGGAGCAGAUGGUCAUCGCAGCCAACGGGGGCUCCCUCAAAGGUGGAGGCCUGCUGCGCACUUGCAUCCUGCGGCCCUGUGGCAUCUACGGACCAGAGGAGAGAAGACACCUACACAGAGUGAUGAUGAACGUGGAGCGUCGGUUGUUCAGUUUCCGGUUUGGUGACCCCCGGGCUCAGAUGAACUGGGUGCACGUAGAUAACCUGGUGCUGGCCCACAGGCAGGCAGCUGAGGCCCUCACGCUGAAGAGGAGCUGUGUCGCUAGUGGACAGGCCUAUUUUAUUAACGAUGGCGUUUCAGUCAAUCUGUUUGAAUGGUUGAUGCCUUUGUUUGAGAAGCUGGGCUACAGCCAGCCGUUGAUAAAUCUGCCAGUUUCACUCGUCUAUUCAGCAGCCAUCCUGGUGGAAUAUCUGCACGUGGUUCUGAGACCGGUGAUAACGGUGCCGCUCCUUUUCACCAGAAGUGAGGUCAGGAACAUCGCAGUGAGCCACACCUUUAAAAUUGACAAGGCCCGCCGAGAUCUGGGUUACAACCCGAAGCCCUACUCCCUCGCAGACUCUGUGGAGCAAUACCUGAAGUCUCGACCGCCUCGCUCCACCUCGUCGCUUUUCAGGUUGCCCCGGACCUCCCUUUUUCUGCUGCUUCUGAUGGGUUUCAGCGUGGUGAUACUCAUGAUAUGUUGCGUAAUUUGUCAGAACUAA